AGGACUUCAAAUCCCAGCGCGCGUCGGGUCUCACUGCGCAUGCGCGGCUACACUGGCCUGCUGCUGUUUUGUUGAGGGCUUGAGAAAACAGUGAAACUUCAAGCCUUCAAGUGAAUUGAAGAUUUUAUGCUGAAGAGGUACAUGAGUUUGCAGGCUUUCUCUUUACCUGUCAUGAGAUCUUGCCCGGGUUUCUGCUGCCACUCCUGCAGUUGAUGAAUCUGCAUCUGGUCUGGAGAUGACGGACAGUGUCAGAGCGUUCCUCCGCAAUGUUGCGACGGGGAUCAAAGACUCCAUCCUGGGCAUCGGAACUAUUUCCAAACUGGAUGCCCGGAUUCAACAGAAGAGAGAGGAGCAGAGGAGGCGCAGGACAAGCGGAGCUCUGGCGAUGAGACGGGCUCAGAGCGAGGAACGGAAACAGGACAAUGAACCAAAACUAGCAAGUCGAAUUUUUCAAUGCUGUGCCUGGAAUGGAGGUGUGUUUUGGCUGAGUCUGUUUCUGUUUUAUCGAGUGUUUAUCCCACUCCUGCAGUCCCUCACCGCUAAAAUAAUAGGUGACCCAUCAUUGCAUGGUAACGUUUGGUCAUGGCUGGAGUUUAUUCUGACAUCUGUCUUCAGUGCUCUCUGGGUUCUGCCUCUGUUCGUGCUUAGCAAGAUAGUCAAUGCCAUUUGGUUUCAGGAUAUUGCCGAUCUGGCAUUUGAAGUGUCUGGACGUAAAGCUCAGCCUUUUCCCAGCGUCAGUAAGAUUAUAGCAGACAUGCUCUUUAAUCUUCUGCUGCAGGCCCUCUUCCUCAUUCAGGGAUGGAUAGUGAGUCUCUUCCCCAUUGAUGCGAUCGGUCAACUGGUCAGUCUCUUGCACAUGUCGCUGCUCUACUCACUGUACUGCUUUGAAUAUCGCUGGUUUAAUCACGGGAUUGAAAUGCACCAGAGACUGUCCAAUAUAGAGAGAAACUGGCCAUAUUAUUUUGGCUUUGGUUUGCCCAUGGCCCUUCUGACUGCACUGCCCUCAUCGUACAUAAUAAGUGGCUGUCUGUUCUCCAUCCUCUUCCCUCUCUUCAUCAUCAGCGCUAAUGAAGCAAAGACGCCAGUCAAACUCUACCACUUCCAGCUCCGCCUCUUUUCUCUGGUCGUGCUGAUCAGCAACAAACUGUUUCACAAGACGGUGCACCUGCAGAGCUCACUUACUCCCUCCCCGUCUGUGGAGAAACUCUCCUCACCUCACGUUUCACCUGCGCGCCAGAGACCUCUGCCCUCUAAGUGACCUCUUUCAGGAUUCGUGACUUGGGAGUCGGGGCGAGACGUGGGCAGAUGGGAAAACGAUUAGAUGUGCAUCACGUUCUGUGUUGGGCGUAAGCCCCGUCAAUGUUUUGUUUGGGGAUGAAGUAGACAUUUGUAAUGUGAAUGGCCUGUGCCUAUUCCAUACAUAUGGAGGUCAUGUUUCUUGCUCCCUAAAUGUUUUUGUUGGACUUUUUUUGUGCCAUGUGGGUGAUUUGAAGACCGCACAAAGACCUCAGCGUGCACAUUUUCUGUGAACUGACCCACCCUCCUCUUUUAUCCCCCAUGUAGUCUUGGCUCAUUUUUAUCUAUUUAUGGCCUUCUUUUUAAUUUUAUUUAAUGAUUUUCUUGCCUUGUGAGGCCCACACCUCUGACAGUGUCUUUAUCAGAUAACACUAAGCUUUCUGACAUGGAUGUUUAGGUAAUGCUGACUACUCUGCACUGAAAACUAGUGCUUGUGAGCAGAUCAAAUUGAAAUGACAAUAUUACUUGUGGGUUACUUGCUGACAGACAGUUUGAAGCUUGUUACUUCAUUGGCCUUUUUAAAUGAACUGAGCUAAACUGUUUCUUUUAACAAUAACGUAGCACCCAAAAGAAGUUGCUUUUUAUUUGGAUUUUUAUUUUUUAUUUUGAGAAUGAUCCAGUGUCAUCCGCAAUGGUUCGGGGGAGAUUUGCAAUAGUUAUUUGAAGGUAUGCACACGCUUUACUUUUCUGCUGCUGUCAGAUGACACUGCCAAACAUGUAAAACUGUACGACCAACAGUGGCGUGUCAGAGUCCAAUGGAUGUCCACUUCAGGUGUGUGUUUCUGGAUGAGUACCUGGAACCCAGUUUUGAACAUUUUUAACUGAAGCACACAUUAAAGGUCCUGUUUUGAUGUCAGUGUAUCUGUUGGAGGGUGGGUGAUGUGUAUUUUAAAAUGGGUUGUAAUUAUUUUCAGGAAUCUAUAGUGUUACACCUGCAGACGGAUGUUUGUGAAGUGAAGUAUUACAUUAUUUCAAUAAAUUUGGUCUGUAUACAAUA